GCGGGUGGAAGUGGCUCUGCAGCCUCGGGAGGGAGGGAGAACCAGCUGUCGUCUUAGCGGGGGGAUUGUAUUAGUGACCUUGGAGUCAUUGCUGACAUGUCUGACAUUCAAGAAGCUACUAACCAGCUCCUGGAUGUGAACCUUCAUGACAACCAGAGAUCUGUACCAGUGACAGAAAGUAGCAUCAGAAGUGAGUCCAAGAAUCUCCAUGUCACUAUUGGAGCCACUGUUCCUACUGGCUUUGAACAAACAGCUGCAGAAGAAGUGAGAGAGAAAUUGAGGUCACCAUGCAAAAUCAGCAAAGACCGGGGCAAGAUAUACUUUGACAUUCCAGUGGAAAGUCUGGCUCAGGUUCAUUGUCUGAGAUCAGUUGAUAAUUUAUUUGUGGUUGUUCASGAAUUUCCAGAUUACCAGUUCAAAAAUACAAAGGAAGAAGUUUUAAAGGAUUUUGAAGACUUGGCUGGAAAACUCCCAUGGUCAGAUCCUUUAAAAGUAUGGAAAAUGAACACCAGUUUCAAGAAAAAAAAAACAAAACGCAAGAAGAUAAAUCAAAAUUCCAGUAAAGGGAAGAUUGAUAAUGGACAAGGAGACAAAUUAGAUGAGAGAGAUGUUAAAGAAUUCACCAACAAUGAUUUAGAUUCACACAUCUUAGACUAUUAUGAAAAUCCAGCCAUCAAAGAGGAGGUAUCAACAUUAGUAGGUGAUGACUUGGCAUCAUGCAAAGAUGAGAUCGAUGAAGGCUCAAAAGAAGAAACUGAGCUUCAAACACUAAAGUUUAGAGUCACAUGCAACAGGGCAGGAGAGAAACAUUGCUUUACCUCAAAUGAGGCUGCAAGAGAUUUUGGGGGUGCUGUUCAAGAUUAUUUUAAGUGGAAGGCUGAUAUGACCAACUUUGACGUGGAGGUUCUCUUGAAUAUCCAUGAUAAUGAAAUCAUCGUGGGAAUUGCAUUGACUGAGGAAAGUCUCCACCGCAGAAAUAUUACACAUUUUGGACCUACAACUCUUAGAUCUACUCUUGCCUAUGGGAUGCUCAGGCUUUGUGCACCUCAACCUACUGAUAUAAUAAUUGAUCCAAUGUGUGGAACAGGGGCAAUACCAAUAGAGGGGGCAAUGGAAUGGACUGACUGUUAUCAUAUUGCUGGUGAUAAUAAUCCCCUGGCUGUGAAAAGAGCAGCAAAUAACAUCUCAUCUUUACUCACCAAGAGCCAGAUGAAAGAUGGCAAACCAUCCUGGGGUUUGCCCAUUGAUGCUGUGCAGUGGGACAUUUGCAAUCUUCCAUUGAGAACUGGUUCUGUGGACAUUAUUGUAACAGAUAUGCCAUUUGGAAAAAGGAUGGGCUCCAAGAAGAGAAACUGGAAUCUUUAUCCAGCUUGCCUUCGAGAGAUGAGCCGUGUCUGUAGACCCGGGACAGGCCGAGCUGUUCUACUUACUCAGGACAAGAAAUGCUUUACCAAGGCAUUAUCUGGAAUGGGACACUUAUGGCGAAAAGUGCAUACAGUCUGGGUGAAUAUUGGGGGUCUUCAUGCUGCAGUUUAUCUUCUGAAACGUACACCCCAAGCUUUUGUUCAUCCUGUGGAACAAGAUGGAGAGAGAGGAACUCCUUGGUAAUGCAUAGGAUGAAGAUGAUUAAGAGUAUUAUACUUUUCAACACUGGGAAUGUCAGCAUGAAGAACUUUAGAGAAAAAUAGUUAUUAACAAAAGUGCAGUCUACUAUUUAAACAAGUCGAAAGCUCUUCUC